AUGGCUGGUACUACUAUACGACUGUUCGAGGACACUGCCCACGCGGCGUCGUACGCCGCUUUUCGUCCGAGCUAUCCACCGGCCGUCCUCGAUACAAUUUCCAGUUUCAUCAAGACCCACUCAGGCUCGGGAUUCUCCUCGGCCGUGGACGUAGGCUGCGGGUCCGGUCAGAGCACCUUCUUCCUCGCCUCUCUGUUCGACGGAGUCCUCGGAGUGGACGUGAGCGAGGCGCAGAUCCAGAAUGCCAAGGCCAAGCGACAGAAACAGCGGGCUGACGUCACCACCAGCAAAAAGGAGGUGGAGUUCAGAGUUGCCUCAGCCGCCAGUCUUCCUCUGGAGUCUUCCUCAGUCGACCUGGUCUCGUGUGCGCAGGCCUGGCAUUGGCUGGAGCCCGCCUCCUUCUACCGCGAGGCGGCCAGAGUCUUGCGGCCGAAGGGGACCGUCGCAGUGUACGGCUACGGUAACGUGGAGCUCCGCUGCAGCAGUGAAGCCCGGAAACUGGUAUCGGAGUUCUACUCGAGCCUCAGGCGAGGCGGCUACUGGCACGAGAACAGGAGGCACAUCGAUGACAAGUACGUGGAGGUUCAGUUGGACAGUCCUUUCGCCGUAUCCGAGCGGAAAGAUUUGGAAAUGACCUGCCGAAUGUCGCUCUCACACUUCGCCGGCUACGUUUCGACGUGGUCGGGUUACUGCAGUUUCCUGGAGAAGCACCCUCACAGCACAUCCCUUCGCGACUUGCAAGACGGACUGAAGGCUGCAUUACAAGCCCAGGGGACCGAAGAAGAUCCCCUCUUAGAUACCACCUUUCCUGUUUUUAUUGUCAUGGCCGUAACUUGCUGCAAAGGAGGAGUCGUUCUACCUCAAGGGACGGGACCCGCCCUCUUGCAAGUGCCCGGCUGCGCAGGUGAGCUGCGGGUGAACGGCCCUCGCUCGAUUGACUCGAAGCCGAUCACGAUUACCGCCUUCUUUCCACUGCCUGGAGAAGAUGAUGAUCCUCCUGCAGCGGCUAUGCACUACUUGCUCCCCGCGGCCGUCAUAGCCAUGGAAGAGGUGAACAGAGCCGUAGAGACAGAGGGCUUGUACCCCUACCACCUUCAACUGGACUUACGGAAUUCGAGCUGCGACCGCUUCGUCGCCAUCCAUGAGCUGAUGCUGAGUUUGGAAGAGAACCUGGGGAGCGGGAACCCGCACCUUGCCGUCCUGGGACCGGGCUGUCUGGACGUGACAACUUCCCUCUCUUCGCUGGCUCACGGGCUGUUCCUCCCGCAGGUCACCUACGCUAACGAGACAAGCGUCCCCGUCGUGACGCCGGAAGAGAAGAGAGAAGAGUUCCCCGACCUCUUCUUCGUCGUCCGCAACGUGUUGCACAUCACCAAGACGGGGCUGCGGGUCAUGGAACAUUUUCAGUGGACGGAGCAAGUGGCGUUGGUAUACGAUGAUCUACCGCUGUACACCAGGACAGUGGAACUGAUCGUGAGGGACAGCGGAGGUGAUUUCACGCUACAAGUGAGUAGCAAGACCCAGAUCACCGUCCCUGGAGACGCGUUCGUGGCGAUUCCAAGCGAUGGUCGAGAUAACACAGUGAAGGAGUUCAUGACGGGUGUUCGCCGCCUAAACAUUCGUGUGAUAGUGGGACUGGUGGGUGUGGAGAGUGCCUGUGCAGUUGUGUGCGAAGCAAAGGCUGGCAUUGUUCCCGGAGACGGAUUUUCUUACCUACUGGUGGGUGCCUACCAGGAAAACUGGUGGGAGACUUGUUCGUGUGGGUUGGAGGAUGCUGACAUCGAGUCUCUGAUAUCCGUGUCGAGUCAGGUCAAGAACACUCUGUCAAAUGACCAGUUUGUAUUAGGGAGCAACCUCACGCAGUUGAAACUGGACUACACAGAUCGACUCAACUCAUGGUGCCCUGAAACAAUAGGAAGAGCUCCCAAUACUUUCUUUGCCACCACCUAUGAUUCCCUCCUUGCCCUCGGUCUGGCCAUCAAAAACUCCCUCCCACUCCUCAAUGCCUCUGCAGAGGACACCUCUUAUAGCAACACAACAAUAGCACCCUACAAUACUUCACUCUUUCAAGCCAUCCUCAAUUCCCUUGCCGAUUCAAACUUCACUGGUGCAUCGGGGAGAGUAGCGUUCAGUUCUGCCGGGGAGAGGAUGGGGGUUGACGUUGUCCAGCAGAUUCAGAGUGGGAAACUGGUCCUGGUUGGCACCUACCACUCGGAGACAGACCGGCUGGAGAUUAACAGUAGUUUGCUCCGCUGGCCCGGCGGAGAGGUUCCUGGCGUGUUUCCGUCUGAUGACCCAAAGACUGCCACUCUCUCAAUCCUCAUUGUUGUUCUCAUUAUCACUAUCACCAGCAACGUCGGUGCUGUCGUUCUCCUAGGAUUUGUCAUCCGCUAUCGCAACCACCGCAUCUUCCUCGCCUCGGGCCAACGCUUGAACUACAUUGUGUUCACAGGGGCCUUUAUGGCAUUCACAACAAUCUACAUCUUAGUUCUGCUCGAGUCUACUUUGGGCCCUAAGCUACCCACCAAGCUUUUCACCACCUUUUGCAUCGUGAGAUUCUACUUGCUCCCCUUGAGCUUUACCUGCACGUUUGGGACUCUGUUUACCCGGGCAUGGCGGGUAUACCGAAUCUUCAAUAACCCGUUUGUCACCAGCAGAAAGUACACCGACAAGCACCUGAUUGUAAUAGUUGCAGUCCUUGGAGUGGUCGAUAUUUUUCUCGUGACAGUAACUGCCUUCCCCAACAAUUACGGUCGCUUUAUAGCUCGAGCAGAGGUCGAUUACAACACCUAUUCAGCUUGCACUUACCUCGGGUGCUUCAGUGAAAACUACGCCAUAGUAACAGGGAUAGUAGGAGUGUACAAACUGUUGCAGAUGCUACUGUUCACCUUUGUAGUGAGUCUUGUACGGAGGGGAGUCAUAGAGAGAAAGAUAUACGACGACUCGAAAUUCCUGGCCAUUGCACUGUACGUGACAGCCAUUGUUUUUAUGGUUGGACUUCCCUUGCAAGUACUCCUGUCCAUCUCUUUCAAGAUUGCCGAAGCCCUUGCGGUGAAUACGGUGUGGGUAAUAGUCUCAAGUGAUGUCACACUUGUCGCAAUAUACGUCCCCAAACUCUACCAGAUUAUUUACAAGAAAGUCGAUGUCAGAAAACUGAUGACGCAGAAAAGCAAGUUUUAUCUCUACUCUGAGACUCGCAGUACAAUUUUGUAA